AUGAAGACUGAUAUGUUAUACUAUAAAACAGUGGGUGGGGAUGGGGGCUCUGAGAUAAGUGAUAUCGUGCUAAAGCAACUCCAUCUUGACAGGAAACAUCUAUCAACUAUGGCAACCAAUAUUGGUGGAGACUCGGGGAAAGAGAUGAAAGGGUGGAGAAAAGGUUUGAAACGUGUAGGGAAUUGGAUGGCGCACAAGGACAAGGAUAAGUGGUUGAAGGACAUGAGGGGAAUGCUGAGUUUGAUGGCGACAGUAAUCGCAACAAUGACCUUUCAAAGUGGUAUUAAUCCACCAGGUGGGGUUUUGCCUGCAAAAGACAGUGGAGUCGACUGCCAAAAUGAUUCAUGUCCUGGACAAUCUGUUCUUGCUCUGGUUUAUACACAAGAUUUUAAAUAUUUCCUUUACUUCAACACGAUAUGUUUCGUUUCAUCUUCAGCUGUUUGUCUCUUGCUCGUGAGUGGAUUUCCUCUGAAAAACCGGUUUUUCACCUGGCUCAUGUCUAUAGGGAUGUGCAUCAUCCUCAGCACCCUCUCUCUAACCUACUUGUUCGGUGCACAAAUGAUUGUCCCUGAUCUGCUUUGGGAUGACAUAACAACCAUGUUCGGAAAGGUUAUUAUAGUGUGGUUGGUACUGUUGGUACUCAUCGCAGUCUUCCUUUCCCUGCGCCUCAUUUUUUGGUUUGUCACUAAAUGCAUGUUCGGACAAAGUAAAGUCCUACAAAAUCCAACCAUCUAG